ACUGAGCGCCGCCAUCUUGGUCGCGCCGGCGCAAGGGCCUGUGGGAAGGUGGAGCAUUCGUCACUUUCGGCGCGCCCGUCUCCAUAGCAACGGCGUCGUGCGGCCUGGUUGCUCGGAGCCCGGACCGGGGGCACUGAACGCCCCAAAGUGAGGGACACCGAGCCCCAAAGCCGGGAACCGCUCCCGACCCUGCUCCUCCAUCACCCCUGAGAGGGAACAAGGACCCCCGGCCACCCGGCCAUGGCUGAGCGAGGGGACGCCCUUUGUGGGGCCCCCGAGGAGCCGCAGCCCCCAGGAGUGACCCUCAGUGACAGCCUCAUCAGCACCCGCACACGCUCCACGGGGCCGCUGCCCACCGGCACGCUGCGCUUGGACCGGGAGAACAUCUCCUGCAUCGGGAAAAGCCGCGGGCAGGAAGGGAUCCACAGCCUCUACCUGCAGCAGAACCAAAUUGAGAAGCUGGAGAACCUGGAGUGCUUUCCCAACCUGAGGUUCCUGUGCCUGGCCGGGAACCGCAUCCAGAGGGUGCAGAACCUGCAGGGGCUGCUCCAGCUCAGCCUCCUGGACCUGUCCCACAACCUGAUCCAGGUGCUGCACACAGAGGAGCUGCCCCGCAGCCUGCGCAUCCUGGACCUGGCAGGGAACCAGUGCACCCAGCAGGAGGGGUACAGGGAUUGA